AUGAAGCGGUGCCGCUCCGACGAGCUGCGGCAGCCCGAGGAGGACCCCGGCGCGGCGGCGGCGGAGGCUCCCGGCCCCGCCGCGAUGGAGGCCAAGCCCGGGGAGGCGGCGGCGGAGGCGGGGGCCGGCCCGCCGCCGCGCACCAAGCCGCCCGACCUCAAGAAAAUCCAGCAGCUCUCUGAAGGCUCCAUGUUCGGCCAUGGCCUGAAGCACCUUUUCCACAGCCGCCGGCGGUCGCGGGAGCGGGAGCACCAGAACUCCCAGGACUCGCUGCCACCCCACUACGGCGCCUCCGACCACGACUCCCCCGACGAGAAGGAGCGCUCCCCGGAGAUGCACCGCGUCUCCUACGCCAUGUCCCUGCACGACCUCCCCGCGCGCCCCACCGCCUUCAACCGGGUGCUGCAGCAGAUCCGCUCCCGCCCCUCCAUCAAGCGGGGCACGAGCCUGCACAGCGGCAGCCGGCGGGCCAAGAGCGGCUCGCUGGAGCCCCAGCGGGGCAGCCCCCACCUGGGCCGCCGGGCCCCCCAGGACAGCAGCCUCACCGCCAUCCUGCACCAGCACCAGGGCCGGCCCAGGUCCUCCUCCACCACCGACACCGCCAUCCUCCUGGCCGAGAGCGGGGCCGUGUACCUGCUCACCGAGGACACCGAGGGCCUUGCCGAGAAGCUGGACAAGGGGGACGUGACCGCGCUGAGCCUGCCUUCCAGCACCGGCCACGGCGACGCCGACGGCAACAUCUGCCUGGAUGUCCCAGAGGGCACCCCGGAUCCCCACCGCACCAAAGCCGCCAUUGAGCAUCUGCACCAGAAGAUCCUCAAGAUCACCGAGCAGAUCAAAAUCGAGCAGGAGGCUCGAGAUGACAACGUGGCCGAGUACUUGAAGCUGGCCAACAACGCGGACAAGCAGCAGGCCUCCCGCAUCAAGCAGGUUUUCGAGAAGAAGAACCAGAAGUCGGCGCAGACGAUUGCGCAGCUGCACAAAAAGCUCGAGCACUACCACAAGAAGCUAAAGGAGAUAGAGCAGAACGGGCCGUCCCGGCAGCCCAAGGAUGUCUUCCGGGACAUGCACCAAGGCCUCAAGGACGUGGGUGCCAACGUCCGCUCCAGCAUCAGUGGCUUCGGAGGGGGCGUUGUGGAAGGUGUCAAAGGAGGGCUCUCGGGCUUGUCGCAGGCCACCCACACCGCCGUGGUCUCCAAGCCCCGGGAGUUUGCAAGCCUCAUCCGCAACAAGUUUGGCAGUGCAGACAACAUCGCCCACCUGAAGGACACGCUGGAUGACGGGCACCCCGAGGAGGCAUCGCGGGCUCUGAGCGGCAGUGCCACCUUGGUCUCCAGCCCUAAGUAUGGCAGCGAUGACGAAUGCUCCAGUGCCACCUCAGGGUCGGCCGGUGGCAGCAACUCAGGGGCAGGGCCUGGUGGCUUGGGGAGCCCCAAGUCCAACACCCUGGACAGUCACCACAAUAACUUUGACACCAUCCUGGAGGAGCUCCGGGAGAUCAAGGACAGCCAGUCUCACCUGGAGGACUCCAUGGAGGACCUCAAGGCUCAGUUGCAGAGGGAUUACACCUACAUGACACAGUGCUUGCAGGAGGAGCGGUACAGGUACGAGCGCCUGGAGGAGCAGCUGAAUGACCUCACGGAGCUGCACCAGAACGAAAUGACCAACCUGAAGCAGGAGCUGGCCAGCAUGGAGGAGAAGGUGGCCUACCAGUCCUACGAGAGGGCGCGGGACAUCCAGGAGGCGGUGGAGUCCUGCCUGACGCGGGUCACCAAGCUGGAGCUUCAGCAGCAGCAGCAGCAGGUGGUGCAGCUGGAAGGAGUGGAGAACGCCAACGCCCGUGCCCUCCUGGGCAAGUUCAUCAACGUCAUCCUGGCCCUCAUGGCCGUGCUGCUCGUCUUCGUCUCCACCAUCGCCAACUUCAUCACCCCACUCAUGAAGACCCGCAUGCGCAUCCUUAGCACUGCCCUGCUCGUCCUCUUCCUCCUCUUCCUCUGGAAGCACUGGGACUCCAUCACCUACUUUCUGGAGCACGUGCUGCUGCCCAGCUGAUCCCCCGCCCGGCCGCUGUGGCCCGGGGGACUUGCUGUUUCCAGCAGAGGAGAGGGUGGGAGGGGGGCCGGCGCGCUGGAGCCUUCGUUUAACUUCUUCACGCACUUGGUUGAGUUGCUUUCCCAACCCUGCGCUCUCCCUGCACCCAUCCACGAUUGCGUCCAGCACCCGCAGGGUGGAGAUGAAGCCGGGACCUGUCCAUCCUCUGGGAUGUUCGGGCAGGGCAGGAUGGGGACGGAGGAGGAGUUUUGGAAGAGAAGGGUAAUUUACGUGUCUUUGGGUUGUACUGGGAUCUUUGGGUUGUUUUUCAAUGUCAUUCCAAUGUCCUGGAAGACUGUGGGAAGGAGGUCGUCUCCGCAGCCCACCCCAGGGCUGCUGGCAGGGAGCGCUGAGCCCGAGCCCAGCUGCUGCCGGGCCUCCCCGGGGCAGAGGAGAGCGGGGGCUCGGCUGCGUUUUCUUCCUUCUCCCCGGAAGGUGCGAGCAGCUCGGGCCCGGGAUGCAGCGAAGCAAAGCGCCUGCGACGGGAGCGAGCAACGGUGGGGGCCUCGCGGCGAGCGCGGCCGUCCGUCUGUCCCGUGGCCGUGGUCCCCGGGCGGAGCAGGAUGGCUGUGCACGGCCCCGGUGCUCGCGGGGGCCCCAUGCCAGCGCGAGCGUCCUGCACCCGCUUCCCUCCGUUUAUUUAUUUUUCCCCUCCUUUGGCUUUAGUUGAGCAGAUCUCUUCAGGGACACCUGGACUUGCCAGCAGCACGCCUCCGAGUUUCACAGCCUCCGCAAAGUGUCGUGUGUGCGUGUGUGUGUGUGUGUGUGCGCGCGCGUGCGGUUUUUAAUUUAAUUCGAGACUCUCGUUUUCCAUUUGUGAAUCCAAGCUGGGAGAGCGUGGGGCGG